AUGAUCGUCAAUAUUGUUGCCGCCUUCGUCCAGCAGAUACACUUUUACACCAGCUUCGAGACCAUCCAGACCGCUAGCUACAACUACCAGAUCAGUGGUAACUAUACUGGAAAGCCGGCUUUCACUGGAACGAAUACGCCGUUGGAUACUACGCUCUACGAGAUCCAACUGUAUUGCUAUAAUGUCGAGUCAUUGCUUUUCUUGUCCUGGAUUGCUGGACUUUGGCGUCAUGUCUGGCGUCUGCGUAUCGAGUUGCUAGACAAAGGUGGCCAUGUUGUGUCCACCACAGUCAAAAUUGCUUCUAUGGUUGUGCCAGCAAUCCUGAUUGGCAUCGCCAAUGCCUCUUCCGUUGACCGUACUCCUGGAGUCUCACUGAUCCUCUGCAAUAUCUUGCGUAAGUUGAUUCUUUCCGGUCUGAAAAUUGACAGCACACUAACGAUCGACAUAGUGGCUGGUAGCGUCGCAAUCGGUCUGAUACUCUUAGCACUCGUCUUCUACAAGUACGUUUCCAUCCAGAAGUACUUGAGCGACUCAUCAUCGGCCAAAGGUGGCUUCUUCGCACGUCUCGGAUGGCGCAUCAAGUUCUCCCUGCCCAGCUCCUCCAAGACAAGGAGUCAAAGGAGCAGAGUUAUGGCAAGCCAAGCUCAAAGCCAGAGUGGCAUGCAUAGCCAUAUGCAAAGCGGAAACUUCAGUCGAAGUGUGAACGAUCAGACUGGAUCACAACUGCCUGCUCGCGAACCAAAGUCUGGCCCACGCAAGAACGACUCGAUCUACGACAAAUGGCUGCUGAUUCGUUUCUGCAUCUGUUUCGUCUUGCUUUGGUAA